CCAUCAUGAAUAGACAUCGUCACUGAAGAUCAUGGGAGUGUUAGCCACUUUAACGACCUUCUGGUUGGCAAUCGUCUCUGGGGUUGUCUCAAGAAACCUCGAUGCCCAAUCCUUUUUGCAACUUUCCUCAAAUCCCACAUCGGGUCUAGUGCCUUAUUGCAAGAAUGAGGAAUGGAUCAGUUGCGAACAAGUCAGUGUCGAUUUGACAGCAUUGAGAGGCAAACAAUCCGUGAUCCUGCCCAAUGGAGAGACGGUUCAUCUCAUCGAGUCCUCUCCAGGAGCUGAUCCCGGAUCAACCACGGCGUUUUAUCAGUCUGAAGACCUUCUAGACCACAUGACCAUUACCUUCUUUGCUUCGGGCUCCAAUGAGGUCAAUGCCGUCAUCCAUGAGGACGAUCGAGCAUUCAGCUUGGCACCUUGCGACCAAACUGGGGCCGAUUGUCACGUUUUGGCUGAGGAAAACCUAGACCUGUUUCACAUUGAGGACACUUCGAGUAACGCCACCAUGAGAGAUUUGGAGUUAAUGACGAAAACCGCCUUAGAAGAGCUCUCCGAUGUUGAGGACCGACAAGAGCAAGGUCGAUUCCAACAAGACGCUGACGGGACGUACGUGGCCACCAUUAAGAUCUACUACACAAGACAAUUUGCCCAAGUGGAACCCAACGUGAAUGCUUACAUCUCAAACAUGAUCAGUCAAGCCAAUGCGGGUUUCCGAGGUUCGCAAACCCAAGUGCGACUUCGGCUAUUAUGCACAGAGCAACUCAAUAACAUCAACGAAAACCAAAAACAGUGCCCAAAUUUUAUCCCAAUUCAGGAGUAUCAAAGGAGGGCCAUCGAAUCUACGUGGAACAGCAGAUUUUGCCCAUCUAUUAGUAUCCCAGAUAAGAGAUGAUGUUUACUGUGACGCGGUUAUUUAGGGAGUACGAGGCUUCCAUUUGGUGUAUCCAGAAGAGGUUGUGCCAUCCUCAAUCUCACUUUUGGCACGAGAACGGUCACAAUCUAGGAUGCAGCCAUGACCGCGCCAAUUCGCAAAGUUCUGACCCUUAUGCGUUUGGAUAUCUCAUUCCGAAUACAGGACGUCGCACCAUGAUGGCAUAUUGGAACAGGAAUCAUCAAACCAGGAUCAACUAUUAUUCCAACCCGGAUGUGCGCUUCGGGAACACACCAAUGGGAAAUGCCCAAAACAAUUGCGCCCGCAGGAUCCGAGAAAAUGCCCGGGCAUUUGCCAGCAUUGGCUCAGACUCCAAUUCAUGUGGAUCUACGUCACAGACCGUUAUCUCGACGUGUUCGUCAUUUUUUUCCCGAUCUAUUCCUACUGGAUCUAGUGUGGUGGUUCAGUACCCACGCGUUGGAAAUUAUAGAAAUUUUGACCGGUGUGAGUGGCUGUUUACGACUUCUCCCAACCGACAACUGAGAGUCCAAAUCGUAGAAAGAAAUAUAGAAAGAGAGAGCCAAUGUCGGUAUGACAUUCUCCGUAUCUUGGGAACUACUGCCGGAAACCCUGGCUUUUGUGGCUCAGGACCAUCUAAUGCUUACACCUCUACGGGCGAUUCCAUUCGCCUAAGAUUCACUUCUGACAGGUCUAUUGUUGGAACAGGUUUCCGAGUCAUCAUCCAAGCCGUGUAAAUACUGGGACACGAAGACCGAACACCUUACGUCUGUGUUUUAAUCAAAGCCAUCGUAUGAACAUUCCGAAAUGUUUUAAAGCGAUUCAAUAAACACACUUUCCUUGCAUAUA